CCUUGCCCAACUUUCACGCAACCACGCACCCACGCACCCACGCACAAGCACACGCACACACUCACACCCACCCACUCACCCACCCAUUUCACUCUCUCCCUCCUCCACCCAAACCGGUCCAUCACCUCCCGACCCCGGCCAGCGACCAGCGACAAUACAUACAACCAGGUUCAAAAACACUCUCUGGCCCUUUUUCUGCCUCUGCUGCCUCUGCUGCCUCGCCUGCAUUGCCUGCAUCGCCUGCAUCGCCUGCCUCGCCCUCCGAGCCCCAUUGUCUCAAAUACCUGCGCGACCACGGAAUCCCAUCCUUUGUCUCUCCGAGAACAAUUCCCCCCCUGGUCACCCGACACACGCCCCUUCCAGCCUGGUACCUACGCCCACACCUACGCCUGCGCCUACGCCUGCGCCCGCCCUGCUAGCUGACCCGGCCGUUGAUCUCCACCUCGCUCAAUCUACCGCGAACCCCUCCUCCGCAGCUACCUCCUGCUUUGUCGCCCAACAUCUCUGCUCCUCAACCAACACACUGCAUUCCCUCCUCCCACUCCCUCCCUCUGCCUCCCACUUUGCCCACAUACAUACACACCCACACCCGCAAGACGAUAGCCACCAUCAUCACCGACCAUUCCUGCAGAGACACCCUUCUUUGAGUCGCACGACCUUACGGCCACAACAGGCCCUCGCGCGCUUCCCUCCUUAGCAUCCCCACAAUGGCUGGAAGAUUCACAACACCGCACAAGAUCGUGGUCCUCGGCGACGGUGGUGUAGGAAAGACGGCCCUGACCAUCCAGCUGUGUCUGCAACACUUCAUAGAGACCUAUGAUCCCACGAUCGAAGACUCGUACCGCAAACAAGUCGUCAUCGACGGCCAGGCAUGCAUGCUUGAAGUUCUCGACACAGCCGGCCAGGAAGAGUACACCGCGUUGCGGGACCAAUGGAUUCGAGACGGUGAAGGCUUCGUACUCGUCUACAGCAUCUCCUCCCGGUCGUCCUUUUCGCGCAUCAAAAGAUUCCAUCAUCAGAUCUACCGAGUCAAGGAGUCCACAGGAGGCUCGCCGUCCUACCCUGGCUCGCCGAUUUCCGCCGCCGGCGGCCCAAUUAACGUGCCCAUCAUGCUGGUUGGCAACAAGAGCGACCGAGUGACCGAGCGCGAGGUAUCCACGCAAGAAGGCCACGCCCUGGCACGCGAGCUGGGCUGCGAGUUUGUCGAGGCAUCAGCCAAGAACUGCAUCAAUGUCGAGAAGGCCUUCUUUGACGUUGUGAGGAUAAUAAGGCGGCAAAAUGCCGCGUCCUACUCCGGCGGCGGCGGCUCCAGACCAGCCAACGGCGCGGCGCCCGGCCGUCGCGACACCAUGCCCGAGGACAGGCGAUACAGGAGGAAGGGAGACAAGAAGUGUGUCAUAUUAUGAGCGCGCCCCUUUGGCCACACUGGCUCCACACUUCCCACCCCCGAGCCACGGCGACAUGUCACAGAUUGUGCUACCGGAUUACGAGAGCGCGAGGACAGAGGCCCGCUGGUCCAGGAAAGACCCCCGACGAGGAAACACGCGGCAGAAACGCGGCGUCUUCCCCCGAAACUUCCAACUUUUUCGAUUUUUGUCGCAGCUUCCGCAGACGCUCCCGGCCCGGGUCUGUGUUUCUGCCUGGCAUCUACGUUUCGAAGGAUACCCCUAAAGUAUCCAAACACUUUGACGACCUGGCGAAUGGCGCACGAUUUAAAAAAGAGGCAUUGCUGGGGCGUCAGGAUCUGGUUUGACCAACCCGGGAAAGAAAGGUGAUCAUCUAUCUCAAGAUCUGAAAAAGGACAGCUAUUGGUGUUUACGGAGUUCAAAGGGUUUUCGGGCCCAAAGUGCGACGACAUGUUGAUGAUGCUCUCCCCCCCGCGCGAGGAGGAUACGACGAAUGGCCCGUCGAACCACCACCACCACCCUCAGCUCCUAGGCGGUCGAGGCACGAAAGCGGGCGGGCCGGUUCUGGACGAGCGAGGCAGACCUCGGUAAUUGUAGCGUGGCUGACAGGACGGACGCCUAGGCUUGGUUGACGUGGGCAGGCCAGCCCCAACAUCAAAAUGGAGCUAUGGAGGAAGCAAGCAUCCACGGAAAAAGACGCGCGGAGGAUUGUCCAACAACCACGGGGCUGCAGCGAGACUACCAUGUUGUUCAUGCUGUCAAUAUCGGGCUUCCGACUUUUUUUUCCCACAGGCGACACUCAAAUAGACGGUUUACCCAAUAUCAAAAUUCAGUUUCUAAUAACGAAGAAGACCGCACGCAGCCUUUUCUCUCGCAUGCCUUUCUUUCCCCCCUGCCCUGCCCCGCCAUGUCAUGACUUGCAUCCGAACGAAAGGAGAUCACUUAC